UUAUGUUGUUUGUUGGCGAGCAGAAGAGAAAACGAAAAUUCGCUGAGAAAAUCCGUGUGGAAAACGCAAACAGAGGGCCGCCAAGAUGCUGUCCAUGCUGCAGGAGAAGCGUCCGCUGAAGCGCACCCGCCUGGGACCGCCGGACAUCUAUCCGCAGGACGCGAAGCAGCGCGAGGACGAGCUGACGCCCACGAAUGUGAAGCACGGCUUCACGACGACGCCGCCGCUGUCCGAUGAAUUUGGGACGGCCCACAACUCGAACGUGAACGCCAGCAAGGUGAGCGCCUUCUUCACGGGCGUCCUGGCCAAGAAGGAGGAGCUGAUGACGCUGCCGGAUACGGGGAGGAAGAAGCAGCAGAUCAACUGCAAGGACAACUUCUGGCCCGUUUCGCCGCGUCGCAAGUGCACCGUGGACGCCUGGUUCAAGGAUCUCGCGGGGAAUAAACCCCUGCUCAGUUUGGCCAAACGGGCGCCGUCGUUCAACAAGAAGGAGGAGAUCUUCAUCACGCUGUGCGAGAACCAGGUGAACAUGCAGCGCGCCACCUGGUUCAUCAAGCUGAGCGCCGCCUACACUCUGAGUUUCACGGAGUCGAAGAACAAGAAGCGCAGCAUCUACGAUCCGGCAGCCGAGUGGACGGGCAACAUGAUCAAGUUCAUGAAGGAGCUGCUGCCCAAGCUGCAGGAGUACUAUCAGCAGAGUCAUGACAAAUCCUCUUCGAAUGGCAGCUCGGCGGGCAGUCUGACUGCCUCGGGAAAUGGUUCCUCUGGGAGCAAUGGCACCACUGGCAGCAACUCCAUCAAUUCAGUGACCGGUGGAAGUGCUCCAGCAAACGUAAUUCCCGUUCCCAGCAUGGCCAGUCCUUUGCCGCCGAUCCACAGCCCGGCAAACGGGCAACAAGGAGCUCCCGGCCAGGCCGUAGGUUCUAAUAGUGUCCUGCCAGCCACAGGAAGCCUGGGCGGAGUGGUCGGUGGCCCAGGAUCUUCAGUGGUAAGCGGAGCAGCCGGCGCAGGAGCUGCAGUGCCUCCGGGCUCCACCAUUUCCGGGAUUGGCAGCCAGUUCGAGGACAGCCGCAAUGCACUGAAGUACUGGAAGUACUGCCAUCAGCUGAGCAAGUACAUGUACGAGGAGUCGCUGUUGGAUCGACAGGAGUUCCUCAACUGGAUCCUCGACCUGCUGGACAAGAUGCGCACCCAGGCGAGCUUCGAUGAGCCGCUAAAGAAACUGGUUCUCAGCUUUGCCCUGCAGUACAUGCACGACUUUGUUCAGUCCGAGCGUCUUUGCCGCAAGAUGGCCUACAUAGUGGCCAAGAAACUGGCCCAGCUGCUCAACACGGUGGUGGAGCAGCAGGCCAUCAAAGAUCUGGACGACCAGAAGAUGCAACAGGAUCCCUAUGAGAUGGCGCUGCAGGAGCAGAUGAGUUGUCCCCAUCACCGGGACAUUGUGCUGUAUUUAAGCACAAUUCUGCAGAUCAUCACCAUCGAAUGCCCCACGGCGCUGGUCUGGAGCGGAAUAGCGGCCCAUCGAGCGCCAUCCUCGCUACUGGGCAGCCCUUUGGACCAUCUGCCGCUGGCGCCCUCGGUGCUGCCAAUGCCCACGCGCUGUCCGCGAACCAACCAGGAGAUCAGGCGUCAAUUGCGCUCCGCCGAAUCGGAUAUUGUGCUGCGAACACAGCAUGCCGAGCAGCGCUGGUUCGCCGCCAAGUGGCUGAGUGCCGGCAAGAAUCUGUACACCAGUGUGCUGGCCACGCUGGACCACCUGGACACGCACUGCUUCGAUCGCAUGGAGCACAAUAACAGCAUGGACACUUUGUACGCACAUAUAUUUCCCAGCCAAAGUGGCAGUCGCCGGCGGGAGGAGGAUCACCUGGAACCGCGUCCGGCCUACGAACCCAAGCAGGACAAGGACACUGUGCGCAUCCUUUGCGAGUGGGCGGUGUCCGGGCAGCGGUGGGGUGAACACCGGGCCAUGGUGGUGGCCAUUCUGCUGGACAAGCGGCAGAUCGACGUGACCAGCACGGAUCAACAGUCGAGUGACAAGGAUGACAAGGACUCUUUGGCAUCGGGAGCUGGUCUAAUCGAUGGCCUGCCCGUUUUCCAGCACGUGCUGAUGCACUUCCUCGACCACGAUGCUCCCGUUUUGGAUGAACACGUGAGCAGCAGCCAGCAGCGCACCGAGUUCACCAAUCUGGUCCAGCUUUUCAGCGCCCUGAUUCGCCACGAUGUCUUUUCGCACAACGCCUACAUGCACACGUUGAUUUCCCGGGGAGAUCUUUUGCUCGAGUCCGUGCUGGUCAUCAAAUCGGGAACGACGGCCACGAAAACAUCGCCGCCUCCGCCGGCUCCUCCGCCGACGACAACGCAUGGAUUUGAUGACGACGGAUUCGGCGGUGGCCUGGACUUUAAGCACAACGACUUUGACGAUUCGAAUGUGGACGAUGAUCUGGACAAGCUGGUGCAGAACAUUAAGGAGAAGGGUCAGCAGCACGAGGCGCCUGAUAGUCCCAAGAUUGGCCCGCCAGGCGAUGGGGAAACCUCUGGCUCGGGAGGCAGUAUAUCCCGGCACUACGUGUAUACGAAGCACUUUCCCAUUCCGCAGGAUGAUCCCAGCAUGAGCAGCUACAGCAGCGAAAGCAAUCAGCGGUAUAUUCUGCUGUUUGGAGUGGGAAAAGAGCGGGAUGAGAAAAAGCAUGCGGUCAAAAAGAUGUCCAAGGAGAUUGGCAAGCUCUUUACUAAGAAAUUUAGCAUCGAUGUCGCAGCUGCGGGUCAUGUGAAGAAGCAUUCGCGGAAUGAGUUCAACUUUGAAGCCACCACCUCGAAGUGCCAGCAGAUGGCCUACUUUGACCAGCAUGUGGUCACCGCUCAGUGUGCAGCGAAUGUUUUGGAGCAGCUAAAUGGAUUCGCCCUGGGCAACAACAACUACCUGCCGGUGCAGGAGCACGUGGCCUUCCUGUUUGACCUCAUGGAGCUCGCUCUAAACAUCUACAGUUUGCUGGAGCUGUGCGAUAGUCUGCUAAAGGAGCUGCCCGAGGUGGAGCAUCAGUUGCAGCUGAAGAAGUCGAAUCUAGUGCGAAGCUACACCACCUCGUUGGCUCUUUAUAUAGUUAGCAUUCUGCGGCGCUAUCACAGUUGCCUGCUUCUUUCGCCCGAGCAAACGCUGUCCGUUUUCGAGGGCGUCUGUCGCACCAUUCGGCACGUGGCCAAUCCCAGCGAGUGCUCCUCGGCGGAGCGCUGCAUCAUCGCCUACCUGAGCGACCUGCACGAGUCCUGCGUUUUGCUGCAGGGCAAGGAGCAGUCCACGGAGUACUACCAGCAGCUGCAGUGCAUCAAGCGGUUCAAGGACAUUUUCAACACCCCCGAGCAGCUGGGCCUUCCCCCACAGGGCUACAAUCCGCAGUUGCUGCAGGAGCUCUUUAUGGCUCCGCGACGCGGUGGCAAACUGGAUCCUCACUGGCUGGGAACGCUGCACGAGUCGCCGGCCAACGUGUACAGCUUCGUAUCGAACGCCUUGAUUGCCGUUUGCCGGGAGACGGACAACGAGCGGCUGAACGACGUGGCUCUGGCUUGUGCCGAACUGACCGCCAGCUGUAAUGUGCUGUCCGAGGAGUGGAUCUACGCUUUGCAAAGCCUGUGCAGCGGCAGCAAGAGUCCACGGUAUCCGCACCUCGGUGGACAGGUCGACAUUGGGCAGGGCAAGACGCACAACGCUCUGGCGGUCUUCGUUUGUAUCCUGGUGGCCAGGCACUGCUUCUCGCUGGCCGACUUUGUGAGCAAGUUCGCCCUGCCCACGCUGGCCCGUUCGGUGAGCGCCGGUGGAGCUGAACUAAGCGUGGAUGCGGAGGCAGGUGCUCGGCUCACAUGUCACCUCGUUUUGAAGCUUUUCAAGACCCUGGAGAUCCCGCAGCCGGGAAUGUAUUCCGUAAGCACUUCGCCCAAUCCUCUCCAUGCCGUUGGCAACGAUUUUAGCAUCCGCUUGAGCUGCGAUCGUCACUUGCUAGUUGGAGCCCACAAAACUAUACCCAUUGCCGCAGUGCUGGCCGUGCUGAAGGCGAUUCUUAUUGUCGUAGACAAUGCGGCGCUGAAGACUCCUCUAGCUGCUGGCAGCGGUUCCUCCUCCGGCGGAUUGGGCGGCGCCUUUGGCAGCGGCAAGCGCAGUGGCUUCAACACACCUGUACAUCCGGGCAGCACGCCAAAGAGCAACGAGCCUCGGCCUGCGGAUCUCAGCCAGAUACUGGGCACCAGCGAUCUCCAGUUGGGCAGCAGUUUGACCAGCGAACCGGAGGCAUUGCAACAGCCGCCGGUCGGCGGAAUGGAGCAGAUCUCGCUGCUGGAGUUUGCCCAGGCGGUGCUGAAGCAGAUCUGCGCCCAGGAGCACGUCCUCGAGAGAUGCCUGAAGAACGCCGAGCAGCUGUGCGACAUGAUAAUCGACGAAAUGCUGACGGCCAAACAGGCACAGCGCGUGCUGCACAUGAUCUGCUAUCCGGAGGCGGAGUUUAAUAUAAUCUCUGAGUUGGACCAACGCUCGAUGAUUGUGCGCAUUCUGGAGAAUCUGGGACAGUGGACACUGCGCAUUUCUUGGCUGGAUUUGCAGCUUAUGUACCGCCAAUCGCUGAGCAACAACGCCGAGUUGAAUGUGUGGCUUGACACGGUGGCUCGGGCGGCAAUCGAUGUCUUUCACAUGGAGGAAGUGGUCUUGCCGGGCGCCUUGAAGGCCACGCACAAACCCAAACCUUCUACGUGGCUAGUGGCUCCACUGAUCGCCAAACUGACGCCGGCGGUGCAGGGCAGGAUUCUGCGAGUGGCCGGUCAGGUGCUCGAGAGCAUGAACUACUUCUCCAAGGUGUCCAAGUCCGAUUGCAAUAGUUCGGGUAGCGGCGACGAGCGCGAGAAGAGCAACAGUUGUCACAGCAGCAAUAGCUAUGGAUUGGGAGGCGUGGCCGCUCGAAACAAGAAGAUGCCUCUGAAUUACCAACCAUUCCUGGGCCUCAUUCUCACCUGUUUGAAGGGACAGGAUGAGUACAAGGAGAACUUGCUGGUUUCCCUUUAUGCACAGCUCUCGCAAUGCCUGCAGUCCUUUGCCGAGCUGGACACAAUCGGUGGCAUUGAUGAGCCGCAGGCCCGUGAGGAGAUCCUCGAUGCGCUGCAGUUGCGCUUCUCGCUGGUGGGCGGCAUGUUUGAGGCCAUCCAAAAGAACAGCACACCCACCACCGACUGGGCCAUUCUGCUGGCCCAACUGGUUUGCCAGGGUGUCGUGGAUCUCAGCUGCAACCGUGAGCUCUUCACCACCGUGGUGGAUAUGCUGGCCACGCUGGUGCAUUCAACGCUGGUCUCGGAUGACGAGCGGCACUACAUGAACCUGAUGAAGAAGCUGAAGAAGGAGAUUGGAGAGAAAAAUAACGCAUCCAUAAGGGUAAUCCGGCAGCUUCUACCGCUCUACAAGCAGCCCACCGAAGUGAUUGCCUGUGAGCACGCCGGAAUGGACACCAAGGGCAACAAGAUCUGCGACAUGGACAAGAAGCAGCUGCGCAUUUCGGACAAGCAGCGCAUUAGUGUUUGGGACAUUCUGGAGGGUCACAAGAAUCCGGCGCCCCUAUCGUGGGUUUGGUUCGGGGCAGUGAAGCUGGAGCGGAAGCCGCUUACCUACGAGGAAGCCCAUCGGAAUCUGAAGUACCACACGCACAGUCUGGUGAAGCCGAGCAGCUACUACUAUGAACCAUUGCCGCUGCCGCCGGAGGAUAUUGAACCCGUGCCCGAGAAGAUUUGCAUUAAGGAUGAAAUGAAGGCGGACACGCCCUCCUCGGUGGAUCAGUCGCCCAGCGCUGUGGUGGGCGGCACAGGAAGGGGACGUGGCAAGGGAACGACCACGCGAAAACGCAAGCCCAAGAACCCAAAGACGCCGCCCGUCGUCAACACUCAGCAACAGCAGCCUCAGCUGGCGCCGCAGCCGCAACAGCCGCAGAAUGUGCAGCAACAGCAGAUGCAGCAGCAGCAACAGCAGCAGCAGCACAUGCAACAGCAGCAAAUGCAGCCCAAUCCGAUGGGUCAGAUGCCAAUGAAUAUGCCGAUGAAUAUGCAGCAGUUUGCACCCAAUCCGAACAACAUGAUGCAGCAGAAUGCCAUGUUGCAGCAGCAGCAGCAGCAGAUGCAGCAAAUGGGCAACAAUCCGCUGCAGCAGCAGCUGAAUGUGGUGGGCGGUGGCAACGGGCAGCAGAAUCCCCAGAUGAACUUUAUGCAGCAGGGACCGGGAGGCGGCGGAGGAGGCGGACCGCAAGGAAUGCCGGGCCAGCAGCAGCAGUGGCACAAUGCGCCGCAACAGCAGCAACCGCCGCAGGCGUACCACAACCAAUAUGCGCCGCACCAGCAGAAUAUGCAAUCAAAUCGCAUUGAGAGGCCGCCGCUGAAUUCCAACUCCAAGCAGGCUCUAUCCCAGAUGCUCCGUCAGCGGCAGCCUUUCCAGCAGCAGCAGCAGGCGCAACAGGGUCCCGGUGGCGGCUUCAAUCCGAUGCAGCAGCAGCCGCAGCCGUCGCAACAGCAGCCGGGUCCCCAGCAGCAGAUGAAUCCCCAGCAGAUGCGACAGCAGCAGAUGAACCCGCAGCAGAAUCCCCAGACGGUGGCCGCCUUCAACGCACUGCAACAGCAGCAGCAGCAGAACGCCCAGCAGCAACAGAUGAAUCCCAACCAGCAGCAGCAGCAGCAGCAACAGCAGCAAUUCAUGCGCGGCGGCAACAUGCGACCCGGCAUGGCGCCCAACCAGAUGAACCAAAUGCAAAUGGGCGGACAGGGCAUGCCGCAGAAUCCGAUGAUGCAGCAGCAGAUGCCGCAGAAUAUGGUGGGCAUGGUCAAUCCGAAUGCCAACCAAAUGAUGCAGAGCGGCGGAGCUCAGGGAGGCAAUGGAGUGGGCGUUGGAGUGGGCGUUGGAGUGGGAGUAGGAGUUGGUGGCGCCGGCAACAAUCCGAAUAUGGGCAUGGGCGGCAUGCCGCAGCAGGGAAUGAUGCAACAGCAACCGCAGCAGCAGCCGCAACAGCAGGUGCAGUUCCAGAACUUCCAGAAUCAGUACCAGCAGCAGCAGCAACAGCAGCAGCAGCAGGGCAUGCAGCAACAAGGCGGCGGAGCGGGCGUCGGCGUGGGCAUGGCGCCCAAUCAGCAGCAACAGCAGCAGGCCAACAUGAUGGGCAACUUUAAUCCGCAGAUGCAGCAGGCGAAUCGCAACAAUCCCGACUUCAUGGCCGUCGCAGCCGCCGCGCAGCAGCAGCAACAGCAACGUGUUGGCCCCGGAGGAAUGAUGGCCGGCAACCGGAACCAGUACAUGAACCAGGCGCCCAACGUAACCAUGUCCAACAUGAUGGGUCCGGGACCCGGAGGAGUGGUCGGUCAGGUGCCUCCCUACGCCCGACAGCAGUCGGCGGGAGGCGGCAAGCCGGGCGUCUUGAACACGCAGCAACAAUUCCAGCAGCAACAGCAGCAGCAACAACAGCAGCAGCAGCAGCUGAGGCACCAGCAAAUGAUGCAGAUGCAGGGCAUGGGCGGUGGCGCCGGCGGGGGAAUGGGUUCGGGGCCGCAGCAGGCGGGCGGAGCCGUUGGCGGCGGCGGCGGGGGCGGAAUGGUGCCGCAGCAGCAGAGCAUGAACCAGCAGCAGACGCCGAACCUGGUCGCUCAGCUCCAGCGGCAGAACAUGAUGGGCCAGCAGCAGUACCAACCGCCACCGUACUAGAUCGUAGACACUCUUUAGAUGUAAGCCUAGUCCUAAUCAUUUAUUUAUCAGAUGUAUUUGCAAUAAACGUACAUUGAAAACGA